AUGAAGAAAAUCAAAACAUUGAUCAAUGAACCGACGAAAACUUUAAGAUUAUAUACAAAGGAGGAAAAAUUAAUAGCAAUACGGAAGAGAAUUGAAAAUGUUGGUGACAACUUUUUCAGAAUUAACAUAAACUAUAAUUUUUAGGUUGAAAAAUCAGCCCCUACUCCAUUUUUUGACAUGUAUAUGCGACCUCACAAUUAUCUACGGAUAUCUUUGACAGAAAAAUGCAACUUCAGAUGUUUAUAUUGUAUGCCAGCAGAAGGUAUUCCAUUGAAACCAUCUGAAAAAAUGCUGAAAAACGAGGAAAUAUUUCGACUUGUAAAACUAUUUGCAAAAAAUGGAGUUGAUAAAGUACGUCUAACUGGCGGUGAGCCAACAAUUCGAAAAGAUUUGGUAGAUAUUGUUGGUGAGUAUUUUCUUUGAAGAAUGAUUGAACUUUUAGAACAUCGAAAAAUUCAGAUGAAAUUUCGAAAACUGAUGGAAUAAAACAAGUUGGUCUAACAACAAACGGCUUGAUUCUACACAGACUUCUACCUAAUUUGGUGAAUGCCGGAUUAACAAAAGUAAACUAUCAAGCACUUUUUGGUUGUAUAAUAAGUGAAGAAUUCCAGAUCAACAUCAGUAUCGAUUCGUUGAACCGUGAGAAAUUUGCAAAAAUGACAAGGCGAGAUGGUUUUGAAAAAGUAUGGCGAUCAAUAACAAUGGCGCAAGAUUACUUUCCAAAAGUCAAGGUUUUUGCCCCCUCAUAUACUUUCAUACUGAAAUAUAAAUUAAAUUUUUCAGUUGAACGUGGUUGUUCUUCGAAAUCAAAACGAUAACGAAAUUUUGGAUUUCAUCAAACUGACCGAAACUCAGAAUUUAGAUAUCCGAUUCAUCGAAUUUAUGCCAUUUGGUGGUAAUGAAUUCAAAAAUUCAAAUUUUGUUGGAUAUAAUGAAAUGCUUUCAAAAAUAAUUGAGAAGUAUGGAAAUGCUAUUGAAAAGCUCGAUGAUUCCAAAAAUGAUACAACCAAGGUAUUUUCAAGUUUUUGUUUAUAGAAAUUUGAUAUUGUUUUAAGGCGUAUAAAAUACGUGGAUCAGUAGGACAAUUUGGUUUCAUUACCUCAAUGAGCAAUCAUUUUUGUAACACUUGCAAUAGACUUCGAAUAACUGCAGAUGGAAAUUUGAAGGUACGUCAAACUUAAAAAGGCCCUGCUGGAUAAUUUAUUUAUACUUUCAGGUGUGCCUACAUGGAAAUUCUGAAGUCAGUCUUCGAGAUAGAAUUCGAAAUGGAGAUUCGGAUGAAGAUUUAGAAAGUGUGAUACAAAGUGCAGUCAACCGCAAAAAAGCAAAACAUGCAGGUAAGGAAUAUCGUUAUAGCUAGAAAAGUUUCCAAGUUGUUCAGAAUUCAGGAAUGGACAAUUUACAAAACCUCCCAAAUCGUCCAAUGAUUUUAAUCGGCGGGUAACAACACAAUUCCAAUAUCUUCAUAAUAAAAGCACUCAUUCCAAUUCUAUUCGCUUAAUUCAUACUAGUCACUUAAAUUUAGGUAUGUUUAAAAAAAUUGAAAUCAGGAAUUUUUUUGAAUUUUUCAGAUAACAAUUCGAAAUUAACACAUGUAAAUGCGAACGGUGAAGCUUGUCAAGUAGAUGUAUCACAUAAACCUCAAACCAUACGUACUGCUAAAGCUUGCGGAACAAUUUACCUGACUCCGGAAAUUUCCAGAAGUAUAUCUGAAAAUACUGUGAAGAAGGGAGAUGUCUUAACUGUGGCCAAGGUACUUUUUUCUUCUAGAAGUUCUGUCGGAAUAAAAUUAUAUUUAGAUCGCUGGAAUCCUUGGUGCCAAGCAAGUUCCAAAUAUAAUUCCACUUUGUCAUCCAAUUCAGCUAGAUUUGGUUGAUUUGAAGUUCGAUCACGAUUUAGAGAAUCAUAAAAUUACAGUCAUUUCAACUGCUAAAUGUAACGGAAAUACUGGAGUCGAAAUGGAAGCAUUGAUGGCCUGCACGGUGAGUUGUGUCAAUUUGAAAAAUUACCUGAAAAAUGUUUCAUUUAGAUGUCACUUCUAACAAUCUACGAUAUGUGCAAAGCAAUAUGUCCAAAAAUGACGAUAGGAGAAAUCAAGUUGAUUCAUAAAUCUGGUGGGAAAUCUACUUAUCAGGCUGAUUGA